UACAUUGCUUUUGCUUGUGUAGGCAAAGUGUGCAUACCCAUUACCUCAUAUCCAUAAUUCUGUUACCCUAUUGUCACUUCUCCUUCAAUUAUUAAUUGAGUGUUGUUUCUUCCCAUAAGCAAUCAAUCACUUGUUUCAUUCAUUAACACUUUCAUCUAUAAAAAGGCCUCUUCAUAGUCCCUAAAAAUAUCAUUCACAACUGAAUUCUAAUAUCUAAAAUAUCAUUAAUUCGCAACUGAAUUCUAAGUCUUUGAAUAUGAAGAAGUUAGUCCUAGUUCUUUUCUCCUUAGCUUUGGUAUUUAGGCUGGGAGAGAGUUUCGAUUACCACGAGAAGGAGUUGGAGACUGAGGAAAAAUUAUGGGAGAUGUAUGAGAGAUGGCGGAGUCAUCACACUGUGUCGAGGAGCCUUGACGAGAAACACAAGAGGUUCAAUGUGUUUAAGGCUAAUGUAAACUAUGUUCACAACUUCAACAACAAGGAUAAGACUUAUAAGCUGAAACUUAACAAGUUUGCAGACAUGACUAACCAUGAAUUCAGACAACAUUAUGCUGGUUCCAAGAUUAAGCAUCAUCGUACUCUUCUUGGAGCUUCAAGAGCAAAUGGAACUUACAUGUACGCAAACGAGGAUAAUGUCCCUCCCUCUGUUGACUGGAGGAAGAGAGGUGCUGUCACUCCUGUCAAAGACCAAGGCCAGUGUGGAAGUUGCUGGGCAUUUUCAACUGUGGUGGCCGUAGAGGGGAUAAACCAAAUCAAAACGAGGAAUUUAGUAUCUUUAUCAGAGCAAGAACUUGUUGACUGUGACACUGCACAAAACCAAGGAUGCGAUGGAGGGUUGAUGGACCUGGCGUUUGAUUUCAUCAAGGAGAAGGGAGGUAUCACAACAGAGAGGCAGUAUCCUUAUAUGGCUAAAGACGACCAGUGUGACAUUCAAAAGAGGAAUGCUCCGGUGGUAUCAAUUGACGGACACGAGGAUGUUCCUCCAAAUGAUGAGGAUGCACUGCUUAAAGCAGUAGCCAACCAGCCUGUAUCUGUAGCUAUAGACGCUUCAGGUUCUGACUUCCAGUUCUACUCUGAGGGAGUAUUCACCGGAGAAUGUGGUACUGAGUUGGACCAUGGUGUGGCAAUUGUGGGGUAUGGCACAACCCUUGAUGGAACCAAAUACUGGAUUGUGAAGAACUCAUGGGGAGCUGAAUGGGGAGAAAGAGGAUACAUUAGGAUGCAGCGCAAGGUUGAUGCAGAAGAGGGGUUGUGUGGUAUAGCAAUGGAACCAUCUUACCCCAUCAAGAACUCAUCGAACAACCCCACAGGACCUCCUGCAACCACACCCAAGGAUGAACUCUAAAUUACAUCACUCAGACUCAUCUAGUGUCUAAAUUUGCCACUAUUAGGCAUCUAUUCAGAUACACAUCAAUUUAUAUAAAUACACCUAAUUUCAAUGGUGUCAAUUUGUAUUGUUCUUUAGACUGCAUUGGAAUUUGAUUUGAUGAGCAUUACCUUUCCUGUAAAACAUGUUCUUCUAAUCUAAAUAAGAUGUUUGGUGCGCA